AUGGUAGAGCCAGUGGUUUUAGAGCUUAAAUCAUUGCCUUUUCAUCUUAGGUGGUCCAUAGUUGAUAUUGGAGGAAUCAAUCCAACUUUUUGCAUACACAAAAUCCUGAUGGAAGAUGGAUAUAGACCAACCAUAGAGCUUCAUGGUUAUCUGUAUCUAGCCAUGAAAGAGCGUGGGAUGACUGUAAUGCCAAAUGAAAAUGAUGAGAUGAUACCUACUAAGACUGCAAUUGGUUGGCACCAUAGUACAGAGGAUCAAGAGAAAAUAUCUUUUACAUAUCCUUUUGGAACCCUUGCUUUUGGGAUAAUUCCAUUUGGAUUAUGUAAUGCCCUAGCUACAUUCUAUAGAUGUAUGAUGGUGAUAUUUUCUGACAUGGUAGAGGAUUUCUUAGAGGUUUUCAUGGAUGAUUUCUCUAUCCUAGGUGAUAGCUUUGAUAUGUGUCUUGCUAAUCUACCUUUAGUUUUCAAACACAGAACUCAUUUUCAUGCAAGCCAUGCAUAUAAUCAUGCAAAGCGCACAUUUGACCCAACCAAGCAAAUAAUCAUACUUCCUUUGCUUAGCCAAGAAGAGAACACAUGGCACAAGGACUCUACAAGCUCCAUCACAUUUGGCCAAAGCAAAUCCAAAGAGCUAUCCUAUAUUCCUUCCACAAUGGUGACUAGAGGCAUUCAGCAAAGAUGA